ACUCCAUUGGUCACAUUCCAGUUGUGUGUGAGGGAAGGGAUGGUGAUGAUGAAAGUCGCAUUGGAACUUGUUUCUUCUCUAGGCUGCGGUGUUUGUGCUGAGAUAGUGGGUGUCGGUGGGUGUGGUGGACGGGGACUCAGCUGUCAGCUGUUAAGUAGCGCCCUCCUCCUCGUCGUGGGCGGGCCGAGGCGCCAUGAAGGACGCGCCCGCCACGCAGCAGGCGCAGGCGGCGGGCCACAGCCAGCCCCACGCGCUGCCCCACGGGCCCUGGGAGGACUCGUUCCGCCUGCCGCCGCAGGCGCAGCCCCUGCACUACCUGCUCACCCUGCGGCCCGACCUCGCCACCGGCACCUUCAGCGGCGACGUCGUCAUCUCGGUGGCGGUGACGGCGCCCCUGCCCUACCUCGCCGUCCACGCCAAGAAUCUGGAGGUGCUGGCGACUAAUGUGACACGUGAUGACGACGACGAGGCUCACGGCAAGGAGGGAGGCGGCGAGUCGUCGUCAGCCAUCGCCACGUCCAAGUUCCAGCCCACGUACGCCCGACAAGCUUUCCCUUGCUUCGAUGAGCCCAGCUUCAAGUCGCGCUUCUCCAUCCGGCUGGUGCGUCCGUCGAGCGAUGGAUACGGGGCGCUGUCCAACAUGAACGUGGAAAAAGAAGUUCCUGAUGUUCCAUCUCCUGGGCAAACCACUGUGUAUUUCAAGGAAUCAGUGCCUAUGGUCACCUAUUUGGCCUGCUUCAUCGUUAGUGACUUCCAGAGCUCCAAGUCUGUUACUAUAAGCCCUGGUGGCUUCCCCUUGACAGUAUACUCUCGACCUUCUCAGGUUGCCAAGACUGAAUACGCUCGUGACAUUGCUGCCACUAUUACACAAUUUUAUAUCGAAUAUUUUGGAAUUGAUUACCCUCUUCCAAAGCUUGAUUUAAUUGCCAUCCCUGACUUUGUAUCUGGUGCUAUGGAACAUUGGGGACUUGUCACAUUUCGUGAGACAGCUUUAUUGUUUGAUCCCAGAGAAAACUCUGCAAUUAAUAAGCAAAGGGUAGCAACAGUGAUUGGCCAUGAACUAGCCCACAUGUGGUUUGGAAAUUUAAUGACAUUAAAGUGGUGGGAUGACUUGUGGUUAAAUGAAGGAUUUGCCAGCUACAUCGAGUAUAAAGGUGUUAACAGUAUGCAUCCUGACUGGGCCAUGAUGGAUCAGUUUGCUGUAAUAGAUUUAAAUCCUGUCUUAAUUUUGGAUGCUGCUGUUAGUUCACAUCCAAUUGUGCAGAAAGUGGGUCAUCCUGAUGAGAUUACAGAACUCUUUGAUACUAUAUCAUACAACAAGGGUGCAUCGGUUAUUCGAAUGUUGGAAGGAUUCAUGGGAGAGGAGCUUUUCAGAAGAGGAAUUAGCAGUUUUCUACAGAAAUUUAAAUAUAAAAAUGCAGAGACAAAGGAUUUGUGGGAUGUUCUUCAAGAAACAAUGGACACUUCUGUAGGUGGCAAGAGCCCUGUCAAUAUUACUCAUGUAAUGGAUACUUGGACUCGUCAGAAAGGUUUUCCUGUUCUCACAGUCAUAAUUGAUGAUGCUGGGAAUCGAGUUUUGACUCAGCAAAGAUUCCUUGCUGAUCCUGAUGCUGAUACAUCAAAUGAUGUGUCACCUUAUGGGUAUCGUUGGGAAGUGCCCAUUACAUACACAACUUCAGAGACCAGUGAAAUCCAGAGUACAUGGCUACACUCAGAAGACUCAAAUGUGAAAGUGAAUACAUCUGAUAAUGUUGAAUGGAUCAAAUUCAACCAUCGUCAGGUGGGAUAUUACAGGGUGAAUUAUACAGAACUUGAAUGGCAGACAUUUAGUUCUCUUCUGCAAGGAAAUGUUGCAGCUUUGGAUGCUGCAGAUAGAGCCAACCUCUUGGAUGAUGCCUUCAGUUUGGCAGACGCUGGCCUGUUACGUUAUGAGAUAGCUCUUGAGGGAACUAGGUAUCUGCGUCAAGAAACUGAAUAUAUUCCAUGGCAUGUGGCUACUUCUAAAUUCAAGAAACUUCUACGUUUGCUGCAUGGGUCAUUAGCAUAUUCUGAUACAAGAUCUUAUGUGCGAAACUUAGUUGGAGAUGUUCAAAAUUCUGUUAAAUGGACUGUUGCUGAAACUGACAACCACCUCAAGAAAUUAUUGCGUAUUAAGGUGUUAGAUCUUGCAUGUGCUGCAGGACUGGAUGAAUGCUUAGAUGAAGCAGGCAGACUGUUCACACAGUGGCUAUCAAAACCGGAAAACAAACCUCAUCCAGAUCUACGUGUACUUGUAUACAGCUAUGGAAUGAUAAAAGGUGGUACUGAGAAGUACUGGGAUUUGAUGUGGCAGCUGUAUUUAAAGGAGGAAGAUGCUUCAGAAAAAACAAAAUUAAUGGAGGGAUUGGCCUCAGCUCGUGAACCCUGGUUACUGCAACGGUUUAUUGAACUUGCCAAGGACGAAAGUAAUGUCAGAUCUCAAGACUUUUUCUCUGUUUUGUCUUCUAUAAGCUCCAAUCCAAUUGGCUCAUCUAUUGUAUGGGAUUUUGUUCGGUCUGAAUGGGAAUAUUUGGUAGAUCGAUUCACUUUGAAUGAUCGGUAUCUUGGCAGACUUAUUCCAGUUGUCACUAAAUCUUUCACAUCACAGCUCAAAAAGGAAGAGAUGGUUGCAUUUUUUGAACGCUAUCCAGAAGCAGGUGCUGGAAAAGCAGCUAGAAACCAGGCUUUGGAAACUGUCACAAAUAACAUACAUUGGGUUCAGACUCAUAAGGAUAAUAUUGGAAAGUGGCUUUCCCAUCAAGUUUCAAAAUCAAUACCUGUAAAUAUGCAGGUAAGGAGCAUUUGCUUCUACAAGACUAAUUUUGCAAAACUUGAAUUUGUGAAAACAGAAUCACUAUUUUGUCUACCAACAUCAUAUCAAAUAAAUGCCUUGUUUUAUUUGAAAACAAAAUUAAUCUUUAUUAAAUUA